UCGAGGAUAAAGACCCCGCUGUAUCUGUAUCUGUAUCUGUAUGUGUAUCUGUAUCUGUGCCACAGCGUCCCCAGUCGCUCCAGCCCACCGAUGCUGCUGACACUCACACCUCCUCCGGGCGGCCAGCGGGGCGUGAGCAACGGGGCUUGACUGGUCCAUGCUGCGGUAUCGUCCCCUCUGUAUGGCCGUGGAUUAGCUAUAUGCUAAAAAUCGACAGGAGAGAGGAGCCAGCGGGGUCUGAACGGGCUCCUUUGCAGCCAUGGCUGAAGGUGGAGAAGGCGAGGAUGAGAUUCAGUUCCUCAGAACUGAUGAUGAAGUGGUGCUCCAGUGCGUGGCGUGCAUCCAGAAGGAGAAUCGUAAGUUCUGCCUGGCCGCCGAGGGGCUGGGCAAUCGUCUGUGUUACCUGGAGCCCACAUCUGAGGCAAAGUAUGUGCCUCCAGACCUGUGCAUAUGUACGUUCGUGCUGGAGCAGUCUCUGUCGGUGCGGGCUCUGCAGGAGAUGCUGGCUAAGAGUGGACAGAACAGCGAAGGGACACGAGGCCCGGAUCGAUGGAGGCUCAUAAGGAAGGCAGCGCAGAGCGGUGGACACAAGACGCUGCUCUAUGGACACGCCAUCCUCCUGCGGCAUUCUUUUAGCUCUAUGUACCUGGCCUGUUUGAAGACAUCGAGGUCACAAACGGAUAAGCUGUCCUUUGAUGUCGGCCUGCAGGAGGAUUCAACAGGUGAGCCCUGUUGGUGGACGAUCCACCCCGCAUCAAAACAGCGAUCGGAGGGGGAGAAAGUUCGCAUCGGCGAUGACCUCAUUCUCGUCAGUGUGUCCUCAGAGCGAUACCUCCACUUAUCCAUCUCCAAUGGCAACAUACAGGUGGAUGCUUCCUUCAUGCAGACUCUGUGGAACGUCCAUCCCAUCUGCUCAGGCAGCAAUGUAGAAGAAGGUUACCUGUUGGGUGGUCAUGUGAUGCGCUUGUUCCACGGUCACGACGAGGUGGUGACCAUCCCGGGAUCAGACCAGAGUGAAGAGCAGCAGAGGAUAGUCAACUAUGAGACGGGUAAAGCAGGUGCCAAGGCGAGGUCCUUGUGGAGGCUGGAGCCUCUCCGAAUCAGCUGGAGUGGAAGUCACAUCCGCUGGGGCCAGCCCUUCCGACUACGACACCUGACCACGGGCCACUACUUGGCCCUGACUGAGGACAGGGGGCUGGUUCUGCAGGACCGGGAGAGGUCCGACACCGUCGCCACAGCCUUCUGCUUCAGGGUAUCAAAGGAGAAGCUGGAGCAGAGCCCCAAGCGAGACAUUGAGGGGAUGGGAGUGGCGGAGAUUAAAUACGGGGACUCGGUCUGCUUCAUCAUGCACGUUCCCACGGGCCUGUGGCUCUCCUACCAGGCACCUGACGUCAAAUCGGCUCGGCUGGGUCCCCUCAAGAGACGAGCGUGUCUACAUUCUGAGGGUCACAUGGAUGACGGCUUGACCCUCCAACGCUGUCAACAUGAAGAGUCCCGCGCUGCACGGAUCAUCCGCAAUACCACGCUGCUCUUUAACCGAUUCAUCAGAGACCUCGACUGCCUGAGCGUCAAGAACCGGGCGAUGAUCGCCCUGCCCGUCGAGGAGGUGCUCCAAACCCUCAACGACCUCAUCACCUAUUUCCAGCUCCCCGACGCCGAGCUGGAGCACGAAGAGAGGCAGAUCAAGCUGCGCUCACUCAAGAACAGGCAGAACCUCUUCAAACAAGAAGGAAUGCUGACUCUUGUGUCCAACUGUAUCGACCGUCUCAACGUGUACAACAGCGCGGCUCACUUCGGGGAGUGCGCUGGGCUGGAGGCCGGAGCAACCUGGAAAGACAUUCUCAACCUCCUGUAUGAGCUUCUGGCGGCGCUAAUCCGAGGGAACCGGAACAACUGCACCCAGUUCUCCAACAACUUGGACUGGCUGGUGAGCAAGCUGGAGAGGCUGGAGUCUUCAUCAGGCAUCCUGGAAGUUCUGCACUGCAUUCUAAUUGAGAGCCCGGAGGCACUGAAUAUCAUCCAGAGAGGACACAUAAAGUCCAUCAUAUCACUGCUCUACAAGCAUGGACGCAACCACAAGAUCCUGGACGUACUCUGUUCGUUGUGUGUGUGUAACGGCGUUGCCGUGCGGACAAAUCAGAACCUGAUCUGUGACCACUUGUUACCCAAAAGAGAUCUGCUGUUACAAACGCAGCUGGUCAACGACGUCCAGAGUAUGAGACCAAACAUCUUCCUCGGGGUAAGUGAGGGCUCAGCUCAGUAUAAGAAGUGGUACUACGAGCUGAUGAUCGAUCAGGUGGACCACUUUGUGACCAGCGAGCCCUCCCACCUGAGAGUGGGCUGGGCCAACAGCAAAGGGUACGCACCCUAUCCCGGAGGAGGAGAGGGCUGGGGGGGCAACGGAGUCGGAGAUGACCUGUAUUCAUAUGGCUUUGAUGGACUCCACCUCUGGUCAGGCCGUGUCCCACGGGCAGUUGCAUCCAUGAACCAGCACAUCCUGACCUCAGAGGACGUGGUGAGCUGCUGCCUGGACCUGGGAGCACCCAGCAUCUCCUUCAGGAUCAACGGACAGCCUGUUCAAGGCAUGUUUGAGAAUUUCAACACAGAUGGGAUCUUCUUCCCAGUCGUCAGCUUCUCUGCAGGGGUCAAGGUGCGCUUCCUGUUCGGUGGCCGACAUGGCGACUUUAAGUUCCUGCCUCCAUCAAGUUAUGCUCCGUGUUACGAGGCUCUGCUGCCCAAAGAGAAGAUGAAAGUAGAGCCGGUGAAGGAGUACAAGAGAGACGCAGAUGGAGUUCGAGAUCUGCUGGGCACCACCCAGUUCACGUCGCAGGCCUCCUUCAUUCCCACGCCGGUGGAAACCAGCCAGGUUGUCAUGCCACCUCAUUUAGAAAAAGUUCGGGACAAGCUGGCAGAAAACAUCCACGAACUGUGGGGCAUGAAUAAGAUUGAGCUGGGUUGGACAUAUGGCAAGAUAAGGGAUGAUAAUAAACGGCAGCAUCCAUGCCUGGUGGAUUUCUUCAGACUGCCAGAAACUGAAAAGAACUACAAUCUGCAGAUGUCAACAGAAACUCUGAAAACCUUAGUAGCAUUAGGCUGCCAUAUAGUUCAGGUGAAUCCAAAUGCUGAGGAUUCCCUCAAAAAGAAAAAAUUACCCAAGAACUAUAUGAUGUCCAACGGUUAUAAACCAUCCCCUCUGGACCUCUCUGACAUAAAACUGACACCAGGUCAGGAGCUGCUCGUAGACAAACUGGCGGAGAAUGCACACAAUGUGUGGGCCAAAGAUCGGAUCAAGCAGGGAUGGACCUACGGCAUUCAGCAGGAUCUGAAGAGUAAGCGUAACCCUCGUCUCGUUCCUUAUGCGCUGCUGGAUGAGCGAACAAAGAAGUCGAACAGGGACAGCCUGCGGGAGGCAAUCCGAACUCUGAUUGGAUACGGGUACAACAUCGAGCCCUCAGACCAGGAAGGCGGACAAGUGGUUGAGCGGCUCAGCAUUGAUAAGAUCCGCUUCUUCAGAGUGGAGAGGACAUAUGCAGUGAAGACUGGAAAGUGGUACUUCGAAUUUGAGGCUGUGACAGGAGGAGACAUGAGAGUUGGCUGGGCCCGACCUGGAUGUAAGCCUGACGUGGAGCUUGGUACGGAUGAGCUCGCCUUCGUUUUUGAUGGAUUCAGAGGCCACUGUCUGAACAUGGGAGGCCGAUUGUUUGGUCGCUGCUGGCACGCUGGGGACGUAGUGGGCUGCAUGAUCAACAUGGAGGACAAGUCUAUGAUCUUCACUCUUAAUGGAGAGAUCCUCAUUACCACCAAGGGCUCUGAACUCUGCUUCACUGACUUUGAAACUGAGGAUGGUUUUAUCCCAGUGUGCAGCCUCAGUCUAGCUCAGGUGGGCCGCAUGAACCUGGGGAAGGAUGCCGGCACCUUUAAAUACUACACCAUGUGUGGUCUGCAGGAGGGAUUUGAACCCUUUGCUGUCAACAUGAACCGAGAAGUCACGAUGUGGUUCAGCAAGCGUCUUCCUACAUUUGUCAAUGUGCCAAAGGACCACAACCACAUCGCAGUGACCAGGAUUGACGGCACCAUUGACAGCCCUCCGUGCCUUAAAGUCACCCACAAAACAUUUGGCACCCAGAACAGUAAUGCUGACAUGGUAUUUUGUCGUCUCAGCAUGCCUGUUGAGUUUCACUCUAUCUUCAAGACCAAUCCUGCCGUAGACAUGAACGGAGUGCAUGAGGAGGAUAUCCUAAAAGUUAAACACAGGUAUCCACUUAGAUCUGUGAGGCACAGUGAGGAGGCCAGACGAGUCGACUACAGCAGCAUCACCACGUACUUCCACUCAGUGAGAAUCUUUGCAGGUCAGGACCCUGCCUGUGUGUGGGUUGGAUGGGUUACUCCCGAUUACCAUUACUAUAGCAGCAACUUUAACCUCAGCAAGAACCGAUCAGUGACUAUAACUCUGGGUGAUGAACGUGGACGAGUCCAUGAGAGUGUGAAGCGGAGUAACUGCUAUAUGGUGUGGUGUGGUGAGGGGAGCAGCACCGGCCAUACAUCUAAUCGCAGCAACGUUGACCUGGAGAUUGGCUGCCUGAUAGAUCUGGCCACGGGCCUGCUGACGUUCACCGUCAACGGCAAGGAGCUGUCCACAAACUACCAGGUGGAACCAAAUACAAAGCUGUUUCCUGCUGUGUUUGUGCGACCAACCAGCCCUAACCUUUUUCAGUUUGAACUGGCUAAAAUAAAGAAUGCAAUGCCUCUGUCAUCAGCGAUCUUUAAGAGUGAACACAAGAACCCAGUUCCCCAGUGUCCGCCCCGACUAGAUGUCCAGACCAUUAAUGCUGUGCUGUGGAGCCGCAUGCCCAACACCUUCCUCAAAGUGGAAACGGCCAGAGUAAACGAGAGGCACGGCUGGGUGGUUCAGUGCGUGGAGCCCCUACAGAUGCUUGCGGUGCAUAUACCUGAGGAAAACAGGUGCGUUGACAUCAUGGAGCUGUCCGAGCAGGAGGACAUGAAGAAGUUCCACUACCACACAUUGAAGCUCUACUGUGCCCUGUGUGCGCUGGGAAACACCCGUGUGGCCCACGCCCUCUGCAGCCACCUGGACCAGUCCCAGCUCCUGUACACCAUCGACAACCAGUACCUGUCCGGCAUGUUGCGUGAAGGUUUCUACAGCAUUCUGAUCAGCAUCCACCUGGAGACGGCCAAGGAGUCACGACUCAUGAUGAAAGAUGAAUUCAUCAUUCCAGUUACUGCGGAGACGCGCUCCAUCCGGCUCUUUUCCGAUGCUUGUAAGAAGCAUCUCCUGCCAGGGGUCGGGCUUAGCACCUCUCUAAAGCCCCGUCUCAACUUCACCCCACCCUGUUUCAUCAGCACCAAACGGGAACAUUUGUACAGUCCUCAAAUCCCACUGGACGCCCUGAAGGAGAAAGCAAUUACGAUGUUGACAGAGGCUGUUCAAGGCGGCGGGCACCACAUCCGAGAUCCCGUCGGAGGCGGGGUGGAGUACCAGUUUGUGCCAAUCUUGAAGCUCAUUAGCACCUUGCUGACGAUGGGAGUUUUAGGCAGCGAGGAUGUUCAAAAGAUUUUACUGCUCAUUGACCCGAAUGUGUUCAGAGAGACACGUGAGGAAGCGGUCACGGGAACCACAGACAAAGAAGGACUUACAGGGACAGAGGAGAAGGCAGUGGAAGCUGGAGAAGAGGAGGCAGCCAAAGAGGCUAAGCAGCCGAUGAAGGGGCUCCUGGAGAAGAGGCUGCCGGAACCCGUCAAACGCCAGAUGUGCGAGCUGCUUGACUACUUCUGCGACUGCGAGCUGAAGCACCGCAUCGAGGCCAUCGCGUCCUUCUCCGACAGCUUUGUCUCCAAACUUCAGUACAACCAGAAGUUCCGCUACAACGAGCUCAUGCUAGCCCUCAACAUGUCUGCCGCUGUUACAGCGAAGAAGACCAAGGAGUUCAGGUCGCCUCCUCAAGAGCAGAUCAACAUGCUGCUGACUUUCAGUACGGGUGAGGACUGUCCCUGUCCUCAAGACAUCCAGGAGGAACUCUACGACUUCCACCACCAGCUGCAGCUCCACUGUGGAAUACCUAUGGAGGAAGAUGAAGAUGAGCAAGACACAUCUAUUAAAGGCCGCCUCCUCAUGCUGGUGAACAAGAUCAAAAGUCAGCCUCAAAAAGCUGAAGAACCCACAGAGAAGGAACAGUCUGCACCAUCAAAUCUAAAGGAGCUCAUCUCUCAGACCAUGAUCAGCUGGGCCCAAGAGUGUCACAUCCAGGACCCGGAGCUGGUCCGCAAGAUGUUCAGCCUGUUGAGGAGGCAGUACGACAGCAUUGGAGAGCUGCUCCGGGCCAUGAGGAAGACUUAUACCAUCAGCGCCGCCUCCGUCCAGGACACCAUCAACCUUCUGGCCUCCCUCGGUCAGAUCAGAUCUCUGCUGUCUGUCCGCAUGGGGAAGGAGGAGGAGAAGCUCAUGAUUGAUGGACUGGGUGACAUCAUGAACAACAAGGUGUUCUACCAGCAUCCGAACCUAAUGAGGAUACUGGGCAUGCAUGAGACCGUCAUGGAGGUCAUGGUCAACGUGCUCGGAGCAGACAAGUCACAGGAAAUUGCUUUCCCGAAGAUGGUGGCCAGCUGUUGUCGCUUCCUGUGCUAUUUCUGCCGGAUCAGCCGCCAGAACCAGAAAGCCAUGUUCGACCACCUCAGCUACCUGCUGGAGAACAGCAGCGUGGGUCUAGCUUCUCCGGCUAUGAGGGGAUCCACCCCUCUGGAUGUAGCUGCGUCCUCCGUGAUGGACAACAACGGCCUGGCCCUGGCUCUGGAAGAACCUGACCUGGAUAAGGUGGUCACCUACCUUGCUGGCUGUGGCCUUCAGAGUUGUCCCAUGCUUCUGGCUAAACGCUACCCAGACAUCGGGUGGAACCCGAUAGAAGGAGAACGCUAUCUGUCCUUCCUGCGUUUUGCUGUCUUCGUCAACGGCGAGAGCGUGGAGGAGAACUCCAGCGUGGUUGUCAAGCUGCUCAUCCGUCGCCCGGAGUGCUUCGGACCUGCUCUGAGAGGCGAGGGAGGCAACGGCCUGCUGGCUGCCAUGAAGGAGGCUAUUAAGAUCUCGGAGACGCCUGCGCUGGACCUGCCGGGCUCCGUGCAGGGAUUCAGCUCGGAUGUAUCUGCUGACGGUGACGAUGAGGAGGAGGUGGUCCACAUGGGCAACGCCAUCAUGUCAUUCUACUCCGCGCUCAUUGACCUUUUGGGGCGCUGUGCGCCUGAGAUGCACCUCAUCAACAAGGGGAAAGGUGAAGCUCUGCGUAUCCGCGCCAUCCUUCGCUCUCUGGUGCCGACUGAGGACCUUGUGGGGAUUAUCAGCAUCCCUCUCAAGAUGCCCAUCACCAACAAAGACGGGUCGGUGACCGAGCCAGACAUGUCGGCCAGCUUCUGCCCGGACCACAAAGGCCCCAUAGUGCUGUUUUUAGACAGGGUGUACGGUAUCGAAGAUCAAAGCUUCCUGCUUCACCUGCUGGAGGUGGGAUUCCUCCCCGACCUGAGGGCAGCCACCUCCCUGGAUACGGAGGGUCUCUGCACCACCGAGACGGCCCUGGCUAUGAAUCGAUACAUCGGCUCGGCCGUGCUUUCCCUCCUCACUCGCUGCGCCCCUCUCUUCGCCGGCACGGAGCACCACGCCACCCUCAUCGACUCCACCCUGCACACCAUCUACCGCCUCUCCAAGGGCCGCUCGCUGACCAAGGCGCAGAGAGACGCCAUUGAGGAGUGCCUGCUGUCUAUUUGCAUGCACCUUCGUCCCUCUAUGCUGCAGCAGCUCCUGUGCCGCCUCGUCUUUGAUGUGCCCUUGCUGACUGAAUACUGCAAGAUGCCUCUGAGGCUGUUGACCAACCACUACGAGCAGAAUUGGAAGUACUACUGUCUCCCGUCGGGCUGGGGCAGCUUCGGUACAGCAUCAGACGACGAGCUGCUGCUCACCAAGAGGAUUUUCUGGGGCGUGUUUGAUUCUCUUUCCCAGAGGAAGUAUGACCCAGAACUAUUCAAGAUGGCCAUGCCUUGUCUCAGUGCCAUAGCUGGAGCGUUGCCACCCGACUACGUUGAUGCCUCUAUUAUGACCACCUUGGAAAAGCCUGUUUCUAUAGACGCUCAGGGAAACUUUGACCCUAAACCCAUCAAUACUGCAAAUAUUGCUCUUCCAGAGAAGUUGGAGCAUUUUGUCAACAAAUAUGCUGAGCAUUGUCAUGAGAAAUGGUCUGCAGAGAAGGUGCUGCUGGGUUGGAGGUAUGGAGACUGCGUGGACGAGAAGGCGAAGACUCACCCUCAGCUCAGGACCUACAAAGCUCUGACGGAGAAGGAGAAGGAGAUUUACAGAUGGCCAAUCAGGGAAUCCCUGAAGAGCAUGCUGGCAAUGGGCUGGAGCAUGGACAGGACAAAGGAUGGGGAGAGCAUGUCUCUGCAGAGGGAGAAUGAGAAAAUGAGAAAAAUAUCUCAGGCUUCACAGGCCAACGGCUUUAAUCCGAGCCCGAUAGACACAAGUAGCGUUGUUCUAUCCAGAGAGCUGCAGGGGAUGGUGGAGGCGGUAGCUGAGAAUUACCAUAACAUUUGGGCCAAGAAGAAAAAAAGUGACCUCGGAAGCAGAGGUGGGGGAACGCAUCACCUGCUGGUUCCCUACGACACGCUGACAGCCAAGGAGAAAGCCCGUGAUCGAGAGAAGGCUCAGGACCUUUUCCGCUUCCUGCAAAUUAACGGCUAUAGCAUCACAAGAGGUCUGAAGGACCUGGAGCAGGACUCCUCUUCCAUGGAGAAAAGGUUUGCCUAUAAAUUCCUCAAGAAGUUGCUCAAGUAUGUUGACUCAGCUCAGGAGUUCAUUGCCCACUUAGAGGCCAUGGCCGCCAGUGGAAAAACAGACAGGUCACCUCACGAGCAAGAAAUUAAGUUUUUUGCCAAAGUUCUCCUCCCUCUCAUCGACCAAUACUUCAAGAACCACUCUCUGUACUUCCUCUCAUCCCCCAACAAGAACCUGAGCAGCAGUGGCUACGCCUCCAACAAGGAGAAGGAGAUGGUCACCAGCCUGUUUUGUAAACUGGCAGCUCUUGUCAGACAUAGGAUUUCCCUCUUUGGGAGCGACUCCACCACCAUGGUCAGCUGUCUGCACAUCCUGGCACACACUCUGGACACCAGGACAGUGAUGAAGUCGGGGUCGGAGCAGGUGAGGCUGGGGCUCAGGACUUUCUUUGAAAAUGCUGCGGAGGACCUGGAGAAGACCUUUGAGAACCUGAAGCUGGGGAAGUUCACGCACUCCCGCUCACAGAUGAAAGGCGUGUCACAGAAUAUCAACUACACCACCGUGGCGCUGCUCCCCAUCCUAACUGCUCUGUUUGAGCACAUCACUCAACACCACUUUGGAGUAGACCUGCUCUUGGAUGAUGUCCAAGUGUCCUGUUAUCGAAUCCUGACCAGUCUCUACGCAUUGGGCACUGGGAAAAACAUCUAUGUGGAGAGGCAGCUGCCGGCUAUCGGCCAGUGUCUGGCGACGCUGGCCGGGGCCAUGCCUGUAGCCUUCCUGGAACCUCUGCUAAACACGUACAACCCCUGCUCCGUGUUCAACACCAAGAGUGCCAGAGAUCGAGCUGUCCUAGGAAUACGAGACUCCGUGGAGGAGAUGUGUCCGGGGAUGCCGCGGCUGGACGGCCUCAUGAAGGACAUCAACGACAUGGCCGAGUCUGGCGCGAGGUACACAGAGAUGCCUCAUGUGAUCGAAGUGGUGCUGCCCAUGCUGUGUAACUACCUCUCCUACUGGUGGGAGAGGGGGCCUGAAAACCAACCCGCCAGCGGGGGGAGCGUCUGCUGCACCACCGUCACCUCAGAGCACCUUAGCCUCAUCCUCGGCAACAUCCUGAAGAUCCUCAACAACAACCUGGGUAUUGAUGAGGCCUCAUGGAUGAAGAGAAUUGCAGUCUAUGUGCAACCCAUCAUCAGCAAGGCUCGAGCAGACCUGCUGAAAAGCCACUUCCUCCCCACGCUGGAGAAACUUAAGAAGAAGACGGUGAAGGUGGUGGCAGAAGAAGAGCUUCUCAAGGCCGACGGUAAAGGAGACACGCAGGAGGCCGAGCUGCUCAUCCUGGACGAGUUUGCUGUGCUCUGCAGAGACCUGUACGCCUUUUACCCCAUGCUCAUCCGCUACGUGGACAACAACAGGUCCAGAUGGCUCAAAGAACCAGAUUCAGACUCCAAUGAGCUCUUCAGAAUGGUCGCGGAGAUAUUCAUCCUCUGGUGCAAGUCACAUAAUUUUAAAAGAGAAGAGCAGAACUUUGUAGUGCAGAAUGAAAUCAACAACCUCUCUUUCUUGACUGGAGACAACAAAACAAAGAUGUCCAAGUCCUUUAAGGAGAAGUCUGGAGGACAAGACCAGGAGAGGAAACACAAGAAGCGGCGCGGUGAGUUCUACUCCAUCCAGACGUCGCUGAUUGUGGCUGCUCUGAAGAAGAUGCUGCCAAUCGGCCUCAACAUGUGUACCCCCGGGGAUCAGGAGCUCAUCUCUCUAGCCAAGACACGCUACCUCAUGAAAGAUACAGAUGAAGAGGUCAAAGACCACAUUCGCCAGAACCUCCACCUCCGGGAAAAGUCGGAGGACCCUGCUGUGAGGUGGCAGCUGAACCUGUACAAGGACGUAGUGAUGAGGACCGAGGGGCCUCCUGACCCCGAACGAGUGGUGGAUCGUAUCCAGAGGAUCUCUGCGGCCAUCUUCAACCUGGAGCAGGUGGAGCAGCCGCUCAGAUCCAAAAAAUGCGUGUGGCAGAAGCUGCUGUCCAAGCAGAGGAAGCGAGCGGUUGUGGCCUGCUUCAGGAUGGCGCCCCUCUAUAAUUUGCCAAGGCAUCGCUCUAUUAACCUCUUCCUCCUGGCCUAUCAGAGAAUAUGGAUAGAAACAGAAGAGUACUCUUUUGAGGAGAAGCUAGUGCAGGAUCUUGCAAAGACGCAGCCUAAGGUGGAGGAGGAGGAGGAGGAAGAGGUCAUGACGCAGCCAGACCCUCUUCACCAGCUCAUUCUGCAUUUCAGCCACAACGCUCUGACCGAAUGCAGCUCCUUGGAAGAAGAUCCCUUGUAUAUUGCCUACGCGGACAUGAUGGCGAAGAGUUGCGCUGAGGGUGAAGAGGAGGAAGAAGAAGGGAAAGAGAAAACCUUUGAGGAAAAGGAGAUGGAGAAACAGAAGAUGCUUUAUCAGCAAGCCCGGCUGCACGACCGAGGGGCUGCAGAGAUGGUGCUUCAGAUGAUCAGCGCCAGCAAAGGUGGAGAAACGCACGAGCGCCUGUCGGCGGUCCUGAAGGAUGUCGCAGGUGUCAGCAUCUCUGACAUGUGUCCGUCAGGUCGUCUCGGCGCGACUGUGACUUUCACCCUCAAGCUUGGCAUCUCCGUUCUCAACGGGGGAAACAUACUGGUGCAGCAGAAAAUGCUGGACUAUCUGAAGGAAAAAAGAGACGUUGGAUUUUUCAAAAGCUUGUCCGGACUGAUGAUGUCGUGCAGCGUCCUGGACUUGAAUGCCUUUGAGAGGCAAAACAAAGCUGAAGGUCUCGGGAUGGUCACUGAGGAGGGAUCAAUCAACGUGAGUGAGCGGGGUUCCAAGGUUCUGCAGAACGAUGAGUUCACUAAGGAUCUGUUUAGGUUUCUGCAGCUUCUCUGUGAGGGCCACAAUAACGAUUUUCAAAAUUUCCUGAGGACUCAGACAGGAAAUACAACCACAGUCAACAUCAUCAUUAGCACUGUGGACUACCUGCUCAGACUCCAGGAAUCCAUCAGUGAUUUCUACUGGUACUAUUCUGGUAAAGAUGUGAUCGAUGAGGCGGGGCAGAGGAACUUCUCCAGAGCACUAGCAGUGGCCAAACAGGUCUUCAACUCUUUAACUGAGUAUAUUCAGGGUCCGUGCAUCGGUAACCAGCAGAGUCUGGCUCACAGCAGGCUUUGGGAUGCAGUGGUGGGAUUCCUGCAUGUUUUUGCCAACAUGCAGAUGAAGUUAUCUCAGGACUCUAGUCAGAUCAAAUUACUGAAGGAGCUGCUGGACCUGCAUAAAGACAUGAUCGUCAUGAUGCUCUCCCUCCUUGAAGGUAAUGUUGUCAAUGGAACUAUUGGCAAACAGAUGGUGGACACCUUGGUGGAGUCUUCCAGUAAUGUGGAAAUGAUCCUCAAAUUCUUUGACAUGUUCCUCAAGCUGAAGGACUUGACCACUUCAGAUAACUUUAAGGAGUAUGACCUUGAGAGCAAAGGGGUCAUCUCCAAGAAGGAUUUCCAGAAGUCCAUGGAGAACCAGAAACAGUACAAUCAGUCUGAGAUUGAGUUUCUUCUCUCCUGUGCUGAGGCCGAUGAGAACGACAUGUUCAGCUACAAGCAGUUUGUGGAGAGGUUUCACGAACCGGCAAAGGACAUCGGCUUCAACGUGGCUGUGCUGUUAACCAACCUGUCGGAGCACAUGCCUCACGACGCCCGCCUCUCCACCUUCCUCGACCUGGCGGAGAGCCUCCUGAGCUACUUCGAGCCUUACUUGGGUCGUAUCGAGAUCAUGGGCGGAGCCAAGCGCAUCGAGAGAGUCUACUUUGAGAUCAGCGAGUCGAGUCGUACGCAGUGGGAAAAGCCUCAGGUCAAAGAGUCCAAGCGGCAGUUCAUAUUUGACGUGGUCAACGAAGGUGGCGAGAGCGAGAAGAUGGAACUGUUCGUCAAAUUCUGUGAGGACACCAUCUUUGAGAUGCAGCUGGCCUCCCAGAUCUCCGAGCCCGACCCCGUCGAACGUCCAGAGGAGGAUGAAGAUGACAGCCAAAGCGUGGUGGAGAAUCAGGAAGAGGAGGAGGAGGAGGAGAGCGUACUUCAGGAGUCUUCCUCAGCAUUCACAAUGGCCUGCAUAUCGAUGAGGAAGAGCCUCUGUCACUUCCGCCAGCUCCUCACUCUGAAGAGCGUGAGGCGGCAGUACAAGAAAUUCAGGAAGAUGAAUGUGAGGGAGAUGGUGCGGGGCUUCUUUUCCUUCUUCUGGAUGAUCAUCACAGGCCUCUUCCACUCCGUCUACAGCCUCAUUUGGGGCUUCUUCCACAUCUUAUGGACCACUUUGUUUGGGGGUGGCCUCGUUGAAGGAGCAAAAAAUAUGAAGGUGACAGACAUUUUAGGAAACAUGCCGGACCCGACUCAGUUCGGGAUCCACGGAGAUGUGUUGGAGACGGAGAAGAUGGAGACGAAUGAGGCGUCUGCACUGGCGGCAAUGGGUCAGAUGGCUCAGGGUGACGCAACAGAGGCCGACUUGAUGGCCGAGCUGCUCAACAUUCAGCCCAAGAGGGAGGGCAAGCACGGGGCUGAGCCCGGUCUGGGGGACGUCGCCGAGGUGGUGGUGGGAGACGCGCCGUCCAUAGCCAGCGCCGUCAAGCAGAAGAAGGCACAGUUGGCUGCAAAGAAGAGAGCUGCAAAUGGGGACCACAAAUCUGACUCAGAGAAAGCAGACUCGGAGGACGGCGAGAAAAAAGACCACGACAAGGGCAAAGACGAAGGCCCUCCGGAGGCUGCGGUGGAGGAGAAGAAGGCCCCCAAGAAGAGGCUGGGCGUCAGGAAAGAGCCACCAGAGGCCUUCAUGGCCAGCUUCUUUGCUGGCUUGGAAAUCUACCAGACAAAGAUGCUGAACUACCUGGCCAGGAACUUCUACAACCUCCGCUUCCUGGCACUUUUCGUUGCGUUUGCCAUCAACUUCAUUCUCCUCUUCUACAAGGUGACCGGCGAUUACACGGAGGACGAAGACCCCUGGAACGGUCGAGGCAGAGCUGGAGAGGAGGAAGACGAAGGGGCGCUUGAGUACUUCGUCCUGCAGGAGAGCACAGGCUACAUGGCCCCAACGCUUCGCUGUUUGGCGAUACUACACACUAUCAUAUCCUUCCUGUGUGUAGUGGGGUAUUACUAUCUGAAGGUUCCUCUGGUGGUGUUCAAACGAGAGAAAGAAAUAGCGAGGAAGUUAGAGUUUGCUGGCCUCUACAUCACAGAUCAACCUUCAGACGACGACAUCAAGGGACAGUGGGACAGACUGGUCAUCAACACUCCUUCCUUUCCCAACAACUACUGGGAUAAAUUUGUGAAACGCAAGGUGAUAAAGAAGUAUGGAGACCUGUACGGAGCAGAGAGGAUAGCAGAGCUGCUGGGGCUGGACAAGAGUGCCCUGGAUUUCAACCCUACGGAGGAAGCUGUUGCCAAGGAAGCAUCACUGGUGUCAUGGUUGAGCUCAAUCGAUACGAAGUAUCACGUAUGGAAAUUGGGGGUGGUGUUUACAGACAAUUCCUUCCUGUAUCUGGUUUGGUACACCACCAUGUCCAUUCUGGGACACUACAAUAACUUCUUCUUUGCUGCCCACCUGUUGGACAUCGCCAUGGGCUUCAAGACCCUCCGCACCAUCCUUUCCUCCGUCACCCAUAACGGCAAACAGCUGGUUUUAACAGUGGGCCUGCUGGCAGUCGUGGUCUAUCUCUACACAGUGGUGGCCUUUAAUUUCUUCAGGAAGUUCUACAACAAGAGUGAGGACGACGAUGAGCCAGACAUGAAGUGUGAUGACAUGAUGACGUGCUACUUAUUCCACAUGUACGUUGGGGUGAGAGCUGGAGGUGGCAUCGGGGAUGAAAUCGAGGACCCAGCUGGUGACCCCUAUGAGCUCUACCGCAUCCUUUUUGACAUCACUUUCUUCUUCUUUGUCAUUGUUAUUCUCCUGGCCAUCAUACAGGGUUUGAUCAUUGAUGCCUUUGGAGAGCUGAGAGACCAGCAGGAACAAGUCAAAGAGGACAUGGAGACCAAAUGCUUCAUUUGUGGCAUUGGAAACGAUUACUUUGACACAACGCCCCACGGCUUCGAAACCCACACCUUACAAGAGCACAACUUGGCCAAUUACCUGUUUUUUCUGAUGUACCUCAUCAACAAGGAUGAAACAGAGCACACUGGCCAGGAGUCCUACGUGUGGAAGAUGUACCAGGAGCGCUGUUGGGAUUUCUUCCCAGCUGGAGAUUGCUUCCGUAAGCAGUAUGAAGAUCAGCUUGGAUGAAGCAGACGCAUCCUCCUUACCUCUAUCCACGUGAAAUGAGCUGCUGAAGCAUCCUACCUAUAGCUGCAACAAUACAAACACAGAAUCAGCCCAGCAUCGCUUUGGACUUCUUUGAGGAGAAACAUGACAAAAACUGCUUUUGUAUCAAAACAAAAAGAAGAAAAAAAAAAGGGAAUUUCUCUUCCUCCUCCUUGUCACUGUCGGUACAGUACCAGUCAACGAAGAAAAAGGACCUGUAACCUGCUCAGACUUAUCGGUUCUUUUUUAGAUUCGGGAUUUGUUUUUGACAGCGUGUUGCCUUUAACUCCACAUAACCCAAAGUCAUUGCACAAUUUCUUUUUUUCUUUUUUGUCUUUUUAAAAAAAAUACUGGGUUGUGUGGGGUCAUGAGACAAUGUGUCAGUCAUAUUAUGCACAAUGUAUGAAUGUUGAACUUGAGACUUAAUGCCAAAAGAAAAGCAACGAUGUAAAGUAGACAUGCAGUGCGCAAAAAUGUGAUCUAUGAAAAAGAGAAAAAAAAAUGUUUUCUUCAGAUGUUGUAACAUUGCAUAUUAAGGUAAGGUUUGUGAAAUGAAUUGACUAAAAGGAAGAAAAAAAGCCUAUAAUUUAUCAUGAAGUGCCUUACAGUACUGUAUCUACAUUACAAUGAAGCUAUGCAAAACUUGAGUUUUUUUCUUUAUUGUAUGUACUUACAGUAGAUCUUACUGGAGCGGGAGCCCGCAACCGGCCAGAUACAGUAUGUAGUUUGUGGCUGAAAAUGUUUAUUUGAACAUGAAAGAACAGCAUUGUUAUGUUUCUAAUUUUUGCUGCUGAAUACAGCAUACCUGCAAAUGUUCAAGAUACAAUGUAUAGAUGACAUUAAUGACACCCUUCAAAGAUAAAUGAAAAAAAAAAAAGAGAAUCGCUAUUGUAUGGCCAUUUGUAUGUAACAGCUUUGUUGAUCCGUGCAUUUC